AUGGCGGCCAACUACAUCGAUGCUCAGAUGGCGUCGAGCGACAGUCUGCAUACUCGCGAUGAUUUCACUCGCGACGAGAACCCUGAACUGCCAGAGAGUCGACCUGGGUCCCCCGCUCGCGCCGAUCCGCCUGAAGCUCUUCCCCUUGGAACUAUACCUCGCGACACACACUGGCCUCACUGGAUGAGAGAGGACGACACGCGUCACUAUGAUCGCGACUACGAUAUCAGGAUGCACGUCACGGACUUCCUUCCUGAGCUGGGCGAUCUUCUGGACCAGGCGAGGCCAAAUGAGUACGUCGGUGAAGCACAAGACGCUGUUUGGAGAUGUCCGACGUGCGAGUACACUUUCUGUCCAUACGAUCUGAACCGUGAGGCCGUGCAGGCCGCGCGCGAACUGGGGCCGGAUGGGGUGGUGCGCGAGGAUGCGGAGACCGGAGUAGCAUCUCUCGACGCCUCCAAUCCUCGCCGUUUUCUGAGAUACAUGGACUCUCUGGCGUGGAAACACCUGGCAGGCCACUUGCGCGGCAUCGGCAUUAGGCUGACAUGGCCAAACGCUCAUACGUCUUACCGGGAGCCUGUCGCUUGGUGGCUGGAACACGAACAGCCGUCGCCAGCGGAGGGUCCAUUCUUACACGCGCUUCACACGAUGUGUCUCAGACUGGAACACAGCGAGAGGGUUGACAGCGAUAGGCUACGUGAGUGGAUCCUCAUCAAAACGCUGCGCUCUGCGAGGAGGGGUCAACAUCGCGCGCGCGUCAACAUCACCCGCCUACGCCGCGAGGCUCGUGCGCGGCGUGCGAAGCUUGUGGCACGAAUGUUCGCAGCUGGCGCAAACGUGGUAACGGUAGCUCGGGGUCUGAUGCGGCGUCGUGAAAAAGAUGAGGAGUACUUGCUGCCGUGGCGUUUGGAGCUCAACAGACAGACCAAAAUAUUGCGGGAGGGUCAGGCGCGCGCGAGCCCUAAUGUUCUUGCGCAAUCUCGUAUCGCGCCUCGCGGGUUCUGA